UAAUCUGCUCUCCGUGGUGCAGCGGUAGAACGUUGUCAGCAGCUGUUGGGGCAGACCAGUCUUUUUUAAUGUCCUCAGGGAGAACAGUCGUUGCUGUGAAACAAUCCACUGCAGGCACUGGUUGACACCACAGACACAAACACACACACAGAGUGCUGGAGUAACUCAGCAUCAAAGAUACUAGAGGAUGCUAGGAUCUUUGCUCAGCAUCGCUGGAGGGAACAUGGAUAGGUGACGUUUCGGGUUGAGACCUUUCUUCGGCCGGGGAGACCUGCUUACACAAGAUUCCUGCAUCUGCAGCUCCGUGUGUAUCUGCCUUAAUCAGUUUGUACCCGUCUUUGUACCGAAUACUCUCUGCACGCCACCCUUGGAUUUACUGAGCCAAUCGUCCUUCCGUUGAAUCAAACGCCACCAUGUCGCUGGAUAAGAAACCUCUGCCGGCAACUGUGCAAGCUGCCAUCGACCUCUCGUCUGGGGCAAUUGGCGGAGUUGCGUGCGUGUACACGGGCCAGCCCUUCGACACGGUGAAGGUGAAGAUGCAGACUUUUCCCAACAUGUACCGCAACGUGGUGGAGUGCGUGACGAAGACGUACCGGGACCGGGGUGUCCGGGCCUUCUACCAGGGCACCACGCCCGCGCUCAUGGCCCACAUCUCGGAGAAUGCCGUGCUCUUCCUGUCCUACGGCUUCUGCCAGCGAGUGGUGAGGAAUCUGUCGGGAAUGGACAGCAAGGCUGACCUCAGUGACCUACAGAAAGCUGCGUCAGGCUCCUUCGCAUCGGUCUUCGCCUCUCUGGCCAUUUGCCCGACGGAGCUGGUCAAAUGUCGCAUGCAAGCCAUGCACGAGAUGAAGAUGUCGGGGAAACUGGCAGAGGGUCACCCCAGCACGGUGUGGACGGUGAUCAAAAGUGUCCUGAAGACGGACGGGCCGCUGGGCCUGUACCAGGGUCUCUCCAGCACCUUGAUGAGGGAGAUGCCUGGAUACUUCUUCUUCUUUGGUGGUUAUGAGCUGGGCCGCACUUUCUUCACCCAAGCAGGACAAACGAAAGAUCAGCUCGGUCCCAUCCCCCUGAUGGUGAGUGGUGGUUUUGGAGGUGCCUGCCUGUGGAUCGCCGUGUACCCGAUAGACUGCGUGAAGUCACGAAUACAAGUCCUCUCCAUGGCUGGACAACAAGCGGGGUUCUUUAGUACAUUCCGAAAUAUUUUCAUGAAGGAAGGUAUUAAAGCAAUAUACUCUGGGCUAACACCGACCAUGAUACGAGCAUUCCCUGCCAACGGUGCCCUAUUCCUGGCCUACGAACUGAGUCGAAGAGCCAUGAUGAACCACAUGAGUAACUGAAGUGCAUUUGGUCGUGACUGUGCCUUACCUCGGGGAGUUUGGUUGUGCUGCAAGAAUUGACUUUAGGGCCCAUCUAGAUAUAAAACCUGGACAUUCGGUAUUCCGUGUGGAAGUGGCAGGAACUGGAUUCAUUCAAAAGCAGCUGGACUUCAAAUUUGAGACACUUAAUUACCGCUGACAUCGACAUUUAAGUUUAAAGGAAAGCCUUGCUCCCGUGAUGCAUAGGAGAGAGAGAGAGAGACAGGAAUCCAAAGGUCCAGUACCACAAACAAGCUGGAAGAACAACAGUGCCAAUAGUUAUUAAUGUGUCAGGGUGGGUAACAAUGAGAGCAUUAUUUUGCUAUAUUUGUUAGAUUGUGGAUUGUCACUUUUCCUCAUUUUUGUUUUCCAAAUGAAUGCCAUUAAACUACCAGGAAGAUA